AUGACACCUUCUAUUGUGAAAAAGACGACUGCUAAGUGUGAGAGAAAAGUAUCGGAUUUCCUGUUUGAAUUGACAAUUUUUAACGUCAGUUUGAGCCAAGCAGGAAGUUACGGCCUGAAAUGCAAUUGCUGGGGAGAUUCUUGUGUUACAAAUUCAGAGUAUUUAACAGUCGUCGAACCCCCGAGCAAGCCCAGACUUGGUCCUAAAACGGGCGACUUUUCCGCAACCAACUGUAUCUAUGUUGACGCGGAUACACAUCCCUACUGCAAUGUUAUCAGUGGAACACCGCCUCUUAACGUUACACUUACGAUAGGAGCAGAAAUCUACCCAUUGGUUGAGAGUAUUCGCGAUAGUCAACGUUUUGAAAUUAAGAAUGGCACUUUCCGUUUUACGAAACACAACUACGUGCGGAAUAUAACAUGCCACGUUUCGAAUCUUCUAGAACAAGCCCCCGUGUGGAAUACUGCGAAACUUUGUAACAUAGAAAAGGGUUCUGGUCCACUUCUUAUCGUACCGGAAUAUACACUUAAUUACACGCCGCAAAUACAAUGUGAGGUGAAGUUUGCCUUACCUGCACCGGAAGUAGAAAUACGCAUUCAUAACAGUACAGUUCCCGGUAAAGAAACCACCACUUUUGACAACACCACCCAGUCUUUUACUAGUAAAGUAUCCCUUCAAAAAGCAGAGGCUGACUGGGAGGGAAGCAACAUAUGCUGUUAUCAAAAGUCCAAGUUUUACAACAGUUUGGAGCCGGUUUGCAAGACACUUAUAUUGAAAAUUAAACCCAAACCACCAAUUCUUGGUCCUCAGUUAGAAGACUUUUCCACAACUAACUGCAUUUACGGAAACAGCGGUCACGACAUUUAUUGCAAAACACAAGGAGGGACCAAACCAAUUCAAGUUUUUCUUUCAUUGGGAACCAGGCAAUAUCAUCUCAUUGAAAACAAGAUUGAGCCUGGAUUAUAUGAAAUGAAUCAUAGUGUAUCUGAUCCGUUCACAGUAUUUACAAAGAUAGAAGUUAUUUGCCAAGUUUCUAACGAAGUCACUCCAGAGCCCCUAAAUGUAUCGGCUUUUCUUUGUCGGAGUGAAAAAGGUGACAAACCAAGUUUGACAGUGCCACAUAGUUUUGUUGGUGAAAAUUCCUCGACACUUUGUAAAGUUAAACAUGCUCGUCCGGCUCCAAAACUAUCCAUAUAUGUCGCAAAUGUCAUGGUUAAUAAUGUACACCAAAAGAACACAUUCAACGAUUCAUCUAACACGUUUACGAGCAAGGUGGAAAUUCAAAACCCAUCGCGGCACUGGAAUGCCAACCAAAUGUGUUGCGUUCGAAGGAGUAAAGUCUCAAAUGAUUCGGUACAGAUCCUCCGUCUGAAUUGA